UCACUUUAAACAGCUCUCAACGGUGGUCCGUUGGCGAGCUUCUUUUUUUGGUUGAAUAUUUGGCGCUUUAGUUGCUGCUGCAGUAGGUGGUUUACUUUCAAAAUCCUGCUUGUUUGGCGCGUCUCACACCGUCGACAAACGACGAGCGUAAUCGCGCUUGAGGGGAGGGGAGAGGGGGAGGACUGUAAAUACAAACACCGUGCCUUCGCCCUGUUGACUAAGUCUUUCUAGAAUCCUUGCAGUUUCAUUCAAUGUCAACCCACUUGUUGCUGUUGUUCAUACGGUAUUUAGAGUUCUGAACGUUGUGACGCCAUGGAAUUUGACUAUUUUGGAGACCGUCCUCACAAUGUGGCACUCGAGCACAGAAGGAGGCUCAAUCUGCAAAUUCAUGAAAGGUUCAGAAUAAGGGAUAACAAUGACCCCCUUCAAACAUUAAGUGUCACAGAGUUUGUCCGGCUCUAUCGAAUCCCCCAACAUGCAGUAGUUGAACUGGCAAACGUUUUGAGGCCCUACUUCCCGCAGCGCCGGAGUCCACAUCAAAUACCUCUAAUAAGAAAGAUUCUUGUGGCACUUUCGUUCUAUGGCGUUGGGCCUUACCAAAGAUUGGCUGGACGGUCUGUGGAUUGUUCAGUAAGCCAGACAUCAUCAAGCAGAAUAAUAAGGGAAGUCACUUUGGCUUUGAAUCACCCUGAAAUACUGACCCAGUACAUAAGAUUUCCGCUCACGCAUGAAGAGCGAGCACCUGUGAUUCAGAGUAAUGAGCGCUUGGGCAUGCCAAGAGUGCUGGGUUUUAUGGAUGGAUUUUUGCAAAGGGUUUCACAUCUCCCUAAAGAUGGAGACAGACAGUCCUUUUUUUGUCGCAAAGGGUUCACUGCCUUGAAUGUCCAAAUUAUUUGUGAUGCAGACCUUAGGAUUAUGAACGUUGAUGCUCGGUGGCCAGGGUCACUGACAGAUAACACCAUAUGGACUGCAUCUGCAGCAAGGAAUGUAGUUGAACAUGCUUACUGGGAGGAUCGGUGUUGGCUGUUGGGUGAUUCUGGCUACUAUACAGCCCCGUGGUUACACAUUCCACUUAUACAUGCAGCCCCUGGUACGCCUGAGUACGUCUACACAAGAUUGCAUUGCCACUGCAGGAAUGCUGUUGAGCGAUGUAUAGGAGUCUUAAAGGAAAGGUGGAGACUUCUUUCCUGCGACCGCUGUAUUAAUUAUGGAGAUGCAGGUUACGCUGGCAUGUUUGUCAAUGCUUGCUGUGUACUCCAUAACUUCUGCAUUGCUCGAGGGGUCCCUAAUCCUCGGCCUCGAUUAGAACGUGAACCACCUGUACUGGCAGACGACUAUAAUGAUCUGCCUGAAAAUAUUCGACUGAGGGGCUUGGCCGAAAUGCAGUACCUUAUUGACUAUGCCAAUCAAAGAGAGAACAUGAAUGCCCUGUAAAGUAAUUUCAUCAAAGGAAACUAGUUGGAUUUACACUCCUAACUCUCCCUGCCAUUGUUUUUAUACUGUGUUGGUCAUUAGCAAUUUUGCAUGUGUGCAAAAAGACUGUCAAUCAUGGAAUGUAAAUUUUGUAUGUUUCUACAUAGUGUAUUUGUUGUGAGCCAAUAGUUGUCCAUCUGUGACAACCACAUUUGACCUGUUCCUUUAACUUCUGAAUUAUUCCUAUUUAAAGCCAUUUUUAACAAAAUGGCAACUGUGAGCAGCCUCCCUAAUCUGUAGGAUUCAGGGCUAUUUUAAAAUGUAGAAACUGCUUUUCACAAUAAACAGCAUGUAUGUUACUACAACUUACUUCUCUUUCAAACUGUACCCAACCCACUGUCUCACAAGGGAAAAUGGGACUAAUAUUAAAUUCUUACUAGUCAAUUUCUGUAGAGUGAAUAUUAAUUAGUUUUAUAUUCACAUUCUGUUAAUCGACAAAAUUUCAGAAGUUCCAGCAGCCAAGCAUGAAAGCCAAUACUCCUCUAGUCAGGACACCUGGCAUUUUUGUGAAAAGAUGUGAUUUGAAUUUAUCCAUGGUUAUAAGCAAUCUAUAUCUUUCAGUAUUAUGGGCAUGAAAGGAAUAAAAUUAAGUGCAUUAGAAGAAAGAUGUUUUACUUGAUGUAAACAUUACAGUCCCCACAAAAAUUAUUCCACUUAACAGAGUAGAAUAGAAGGCACACACAGAAGGCAACUAGGCAACAUAGGAACAAAUCAAAGAAGCGUGACUGCAGCCAGUGAUGUUCACACCCAAGCAGCAUUUUAAAAGUAAACCACCUACUGCAGCA